AUGGGAAUCCCGCGGCUGUCGCAGGAUCUCUCUCCUUAUGCAGAUCAUGUUGUCCUGGGCUCCUCACCCCAAUCCUCCUCCCUUCCGCUUGAAGCCACCAUUGUCAGAGAUCUGAUUAUCGACGGACCGUCACUUGUAUAUUGGGUGUAUAACAAGCUCGUGGCACACCAGCGACUGAGUAGUCUUACCAGUGCAACCUUGCCACCUACAUACCUCGAAAUCAACCGCAUGCUGCACCGCCUACUUGAUGAUUUCCAAGCCCAUGGUAUCAGUAUUCAACACAUUUUCUUCGAUGGUGGUCUUCCUGUGUCUAAACGAAAUGUCCGCCUUGAGCGGAUGGAGAAGCUCCGACAGCAGCUGGAAACCUACCGCAAACUCUACCCAGAAUUCCCACCGGUUGCUGCUUUACCCGAUCAUCGAGAAUGGGAAAGGAUACUCUGGGAUACCCCUGUCUUGUCGACGAGGAAGUCUACUCUCCCGGCUCCACCGUUGAUGGUUGCCAGCGCCAUUGAGUCACUGAAAACAACUGUAUGGAAGGAUCGUGUUCACGUGGUCCCGGGUGAAGCCGACGCGUUCUGUGCCCUUGCUGCUCAACGGUCUACACCUGUCGUGGCCAUCCUCACAAACGAUUCUGACCUGGCAGUUCACGACCUCGGGGCCAAUGGGCGGGUUGUGUUGCUACACAGCAUUGAAAUCAAGCACAAGGGCCCACACAGGGAGUCUUAUAUCUCUGCAAUGUCUCUCGACCCGAAGCUCAUCGCAUCCCGACUCAAAGUGUCGUCCUUGCUUGGAUUUGGUUUCGAGCGCUCCCUCGACUCGGGAGCAUCAUUUGCCGUCAUUCAAGAGCGCGCAAGGGACUCCUCGAGGUUGGAGAGAUUGCAGAACGAGUAUAUGCUGUUUGCGGAACCAUUCACCCCGACCCUGCCACCAACAGCGAACCCCUUGUUCUCUCUCGAAAACAUUGAUCCACGAACAGCAGAGAUUGUCAGCAACCCCGCGGAUCCACCACAUAUCUACCUGACUCCGCUAUUGGAAGACCCUCAGCGUGAUUCCUCGUGGUCCUAUGGAGCCAAAAUUCGACAAAUUGCCUAUUCGCUGCUCUUGAAGACCUCUCCAGGUCUCGUCGCGAGGAGAUGGCCGCACGUAGUCGAAUGCGCCAGGAAGGGACAGAGAAUCACAUCCGUUUCCGUUCCAUGCUUACAGGUAUCCGAGAUCACCGAGCAAGCGGAAGGACUCCUCCAGGUCCUGGAUGCCUACAUCUCGCCCUGCGAGGAGUAUCCCUCGGUACCAAAUUGGAGCACGCUUCUGGCAUGGCACUCGCUUGCCGUCGACGUCGUUCAGCAAGAGAAAUCCAGCCUUGGCAAACCUCCUCCCACGUCACAGCAGAUCUUACAGCUCUUGGGCUUGGGAUCGACGGCGCUGUUUUCCCCCAGAGCCCCGAGGAGAGUCACCUGGGACGACAUCCACCUCCUUGCCAAUCUCCAUGCAGUGCUGUACUCUGUCCGCAUGCUUGCGCAGAUUACCGAGUACAUUAUCAGGCAUCCCAACGCGUGUUCAGACGAUACAGCCAUCCACGAACUUGCUCAUCGCGAUGCCAUCUCAAAGCUGGUAAACAAAAUCCAUGCUAGAUUAUCGACGUCGCCUCCCAUCCAAAGGUUGUUUCUCGACAUCCCUCAUCUCCGUGCUCAGCUGAGCAACAUGGACCUUGAAAAACAGAACUUGGCAAUUGCGUCUUUCAAGCGCCUGCUUAAUCCCAACCUUGGUGUGGAUCGAGUCGAGGAGCAUGAGGCAAGUGAUGGUGCAACUACAGGAGAACCUGGCUCCAUCCCUGGAGAGUGGGUCACCACCACAUCAUCGUCAAAGACAAAAAGGAAACGGAAAAGGAAACGGCAGGGCGGUUCUGAAACAGCUGCAGUACGAAGCACAAACGGUUUCGAUGUGCUAUCAGAAGAACCUGGGUGA